AUGUCCGACUCGACCCUCUACCUUUAUACCUCCCUUACUGCGGGGUCGUCCCACAUCGUCACUGCAACUGCGCGUCUGGAGACGAUCCUCAAAGCCAACAAACUUCCCUUCCGUGCGAUUGAUGUGGCCACCGACGAGGUCGCUCGGAAGCUCUGGGGCCGUCGCUCUAAGGGCAAGAAGCUUCCCGGCUUAGUUAAAUUCGGCACCGUUGUCGGAGACUUGGAGCAGGUCGAAGAAUGGAAUGAGUAUGGUGAGCUGAGGAUGCAGGUUAACAGCGUCGAAGACUUCGACAGCAUCCCCGCAUCUAGUACUACGAUCGCCCAACCCGAAACCCCCUCGGCCACAUCUACCCCCACCCCCGAGACGGCCGCUCCCAAACAAAGUACAAUCAAGAUCCAGAGCCCCCCUUCUAAGGAAACUCCCAAGGACAGUUCCAUCGCGGUCGCUAUGCGCCAGGCUAGCGAGGAGGCCGCUGCCAAGGCCAAAUCGCAACCUGCCGCAGCAAAAGCACCCGUCCCCGCAGUUACAGAAAAGAAGGAGACCCCUGCAGCUGACGAACAAUCUCAGGCGGGGAAGGAAGACACUGUACGUGGGAAUACGGCUGCUCCUGACACUCAGGAUAGCAAGCCUAAGCGGCCGCCUCUCGUGCCCGAGGUGGCCGCGGAGUCGUCUGCUAAUUUUCAUGCUGAUGCGGCUGAAGCUCUAGGACUGGUCCAGCACCACCGUGGAUCCAUCAUUUCCGCAACCUCCAAAGAAGAACAAGAAAAAGUCGCACAGGACUUGCGGAAGUCUAUUUCCGGGGGUCAACAAGAUCUUUUACAAUCCUUGAGGGAGGACCACGCAGCGCGGACGGAGCAGGAAGAAACGAUUGAAGAAGAGUCGGAUGGCGGUGAACAACAGGAUGGGGCCCAGGGUCGACAGGAAGCGCAGGAUGCCAAAGUCAGCGGCUAG